AUGGCUGAUGCCAUCAAUGCUGCUGAAGAUGAAGAGCAACAGGAAUCUUCUGUUGCGGGCCUGCCACGUAAAACUGGGCUUCGUUCUCAUGGCCCAGCCCUAUCGAGCGAUGCUUCUUCUUACCAUCCUCCCCAAGAUGAAGAGGAUGAGUUAAUGGCUGCAGAUGCAGAAUCUGCUCCGGCGAUGGACCUUCCUAAGUCUCCUGUAUUAGAAACAGGGGGCCUCGAAGAGAAUCCAUCCCCUUCUCCUUCCGCCUUAAUGUCACAAGCUAAUGAUUCAAUUCCUAGUCCUACAACGGGACUUAUGAAUAAACCAGCUGUUGGCACAGAUCUUCCGGAACCUUCGGCUGCUAAGGAUGAUGAAGAGCGAGUUGAUUAUGACGGCUCCUCAACUGGUGAUGCAGCCAACGAAGAUAGAGAUGAUGAGGUUGCUGACGUUGGCAACAUGCCAGGUGAUGAUGCGAGGGACGAAGAGCAUAAUUCUAUGGAUGACAUAACCAUUUUUGAUGAUGCUCCCAAAGUCCCCUCCGAUAAAGCAUCUGGCUAUACCCCUUUUCACAUCUCCGGUAAUCCUAGUUUUCUUCGAAUUCUUCCGCAUGUUCUUUCCGCGUUCCGACCCUUUUUUCGUGCAGGUUCGCCUCCUUCAAAGACUACUGCUGCUACUACUUCAAAGCAGGAUCCAGCGCAAGUAUCGGCUCCUCCACAAGAGAAACAUUUACCUGGAUCACCUACGGCAACUGCUUCACCUGUAGCAUUGUCUGAAACUACUGAUGCGACCCCUUCUCUGGAACAACAGAUCGUGCCGGUGUCAGCCCCUGCGCAAGAGCAGCCUCUGCCUGCUUCGUCUUCGGCAGCUGCCUCACCUGCCGCGUUGAUGAAGAUCUCACUUACACCAACAGAGGCGAGGCCCAACACGUCUCAGGCAAGGGCAAUGAUGGCUUUGACCUCGAGCCCGUCACAAUUGAAUGUUUCUACUGCCUCUGCAGCUUCAGCGCCUGGCUCCCCUGCACCAAUUUCAAUGGCUCUGGGAGCAUCUUCAAGUCUCGCGGGCGCACCUGAGUUCCUUCAAAUCUCUUUGGUGUACUUGAAUAGCCUUGCCAAGAAGGUGAUUGAAUAUGUUGUGGGUGGCUUAAACGGAGUCAGAAGUGUGGGAAACACUCCGUGGUUCGAGCGCUGUGCUGAGAUUAUUCUUCAUUUGGAAGAACAAUUGCAGCAUUUUGAGGCCCUGGGACGCAGAGAGCUUCAGUCCGAGAUCGUGUCCACUUUGGCCAGUCUUCAUGUUGCAGAAGUGGCUCGCCGGGAGGCGAUAGAACGGGACUUGGCUGAAAGAAAGCGUCAAAUCACGGAGCUUCGUGAGCGUAAUAUUCAGAAACGAGAAGAGUUAGAACGCUCGACUACUUCCAUGAACUCGCUUCGUGAUAGACUUGUUGAAGCUGAGGCUGAAGUUCUGCGGUUAAAGGCUGAAUUUGCCCGCGAAGAAAAUAUUGUUAAUAUCCUUAGCACCCAGAACGCUACGGGUACCCUUGAAUAUCACACGCAGGCUCGAGCUUUGGAACAAGCCAGGAAUGAAGUGGCAACUAUCAUCAUUCCCAGUGAGGAAGAGCUCCGGGCAAGGGCUGAAGCUAUGGUGCGCACCACUCACGAAGAAGAGCUAAACAAAGUUAGGGCCCAACUCACGUCUUUUGAUUUGAUGCGUGAAUGA